AAAACCGCAGCUCAGGUCAACGAGUCUAGAUUGCUACGAGUUGUCGAGUUUUUCGUUGUCCAUCCUGUCUUCUGUAUCGCCUAUGGAGCGAUGGCUCGGCUCAUGGAGGGGUACACGCCUCCUCCAUCUUCUGGAAACCGAGAGGCGGUUAUUACUCAAUUAUUCAAGCUUUGUGCAAAUAAAUACGUGUCACGGAAAAGCUUCGCCUCCAUGUUAUCUCGAGCUAGAACUACGCCCUGGAUCGCAGAAACAGAAUGUAAUAGUAAAUAUGGACUUGCUGCAGGUUCCGACAUUCACCUCUCUAUACUCCGCCUACUUAUCUGCCCUUCCUGUUGUGCCAUUCUUCGCUCACCAACUGUACUCUUUUGUGGACACACUUUCUGCCGAGACUGUGUGGACUAUAAUUUUACUUGCCACCUUUGCCCAACUGUGCAAAAAAGCAUAAAAUUGCGUCCCUGUGUGCUUAUCUCUCGAAUAACGAGCCUGCUCUGGCCAUUUAUAAUUGAGGAAUAUGCAGAACUAGAUAGGGCCGGAGAAUACAUUAACAGGGGCCUGUAUGAGAAAGCAAUUAGCAAAUACAACGAGAUCAUCGGAAAAGUUCCUUCAUCCCACACUAGCAUUCUGCUCCGUGCUGAGGCACAGUUAGCUAACGGAUUCACGGCUUUCGCUCUUCAGGAUGCAGAACUUGCCAUAGAGCUGCUUCCAAAUUGGCCAAAGGUAAGCAGGAAAUCCGUAACUUCUUCACACUCUAUUCCGGCCUUGCUUGGAUCUUGCUUUAAUCUGCUGGAAAGCCUAAAGAGUUAG